AUGGCGGCGGGCAGGGCCGGGGCCGCACGGAGACCCGUGGCCCGUCUCUCCCAGGAUGGCAGCGCAGCGGCGGCGGCCUCCCGGGCGCUGCGUGAAGGGGUCUCCGGAGGGCGGGCGCCCGGCAGCCGCCUCCGCACAGACCGCGGGGGAAGCGCCGCCGGCGGCCCCCAGACGCUGAGCCUGUGUUCUCCACACAAAGCAGCUGCCAGGCCCUCCAAGAGGCUAAAAUGUGAAAAAAACAGUCGAGUAAAAUCAGGACUAGAAGGACUUACAUGUGGAAGAAACCUUGCUGCAUCAGGGGAAACACCUAAAACAUCCGAAGAAGGUCGACAUUCAACAGAUCCAGGAGACUACAAUAUAACUCAAGAGAAAAAAGGUGAAAGCGUUCCAGAGACUAAGGAAGACAAACAGGAAAAGGAACAUGAUGUUUCUUUCAAGCCACGUGCAGAGAAAUCAAGCAGUGCUCCAUCAAAAAUGGACAGUGGUGAAAAUCUGCACAAUCAUGUCUGCAAUGAAGAGGAGAGCAGCUCUGAAGUGUACUUUGAUGGGUCUAGCUUGGAGGAUGCAGACCUCCCGAAGAAGCCGACACAACUAGACGGUCGUGCUUUCUUGGAUGAAGACAGCAACCAGCCAGUGCACCGGUUCUUUGGAGAUGUCAAGUUCAUACAGGAUCUCCCAGCAGUUGCACUCCCAAGCACAACGAUGAGCAGGCGAGAAUUCAGAAAGCAACAUUUCAUUGCAAAGGAAGAUGAGGAGGAGGAAGAGGAUGCUGCCUAA